UCUCAUUGUGUAUUUCCACCAGCAUGCCUAAUAUGGUGUUUAACCCCGUGCCGGUACGACGGCCCACCGUCUACUAUCACCAUGACAUAGCCGGGGUAUCACUGUGCUCCCUUUUUGUGUACGUAGGCAAGUUACACGUCAGUGGAAAGCUUAUGUCGCUGAGAUUCAACAGAUAUCCACUGAUAUCACAAUGAACCGAUGCAACCAGAUAUCUGGCUUGACAAGCAAGAGAUACAGUGGCAGCCUCCUGGAUCAAUAGCAGUCAGCCAUAUAUCCUCAGAUAAUCGAUUGUAGAGUAUCACAAGACGAGCAACCGGUUGACAGUGCGUCUCUCUUACACAACACCAGAGCCUGGACUGCCGGCCAAAGGAUGGUCGCACAUACUCCGUACUUUACCAUGACUCAAGACGAGAGUGGUUGUAAAUAGCGCGCUAGCCAGUCGACACAUCAGCACAUUAUAGCCAUCUCAUUUAUCUUAUUUACUAUGUAUUGUGUAAAACAUCAAAUUAAAAGCACGGAAUGAAUGCAGACCCACCAUCCACCAGUAUGUGUUGUGGUGAACAAAUAUGCACAUGAGCACUCAGUGCAGCAGACUAGCUAUACUACUACUAUGGAGGAAAGUUAGAUGGUGCAUUCAAGGGCUCUCAAACAAAGUGGGACAGGUUGCCGCUCACAACAAACAACAUAAACAUGCAAAAACUGUGGGAUUUCUAUCUGCAUAUUAUUUUUUUAAGAAAACAAUGGCCCAUGUAUCCAAAAUGGAAGACCAUUUUCACAGAAUUCGAUCUAGUUAUUUACAAAUUAUUCUAAUAUUAAGGGGUUAAUCACAACGCCGUGAUUGUCAAAGCAAAUGACGUUCCGUACCCAUAUCUUGCUGAACACGGCAAUUUGAGCACACUGUUUUUGAGUCCGAGUCCAGGCAGAAUUGGAUCUUGUUCUGGCUGUGGAAACAACCAAGCUGAUACCUGAUGGGGUUUUGGCUGAACUCACAGCCCUGAAAAACCUAAACAACAAUCCUAAAGAUCAUUUCUUGUCAUCGAUGACUAAUAAGGCAUCAUUUUCCUGUAAUUAAAGUGCUGCCUUGAAUGAUUCAUUGAAUCGCACCACAUUCUCGACCUCAUGCAUUGUUGCACUUAAACUUAUGUUACACUUUGAAGUAAUGUUCAAUUCUUGUCACCAUGAAAUAUCUGAUUGUCCUUUUUUUCCCCCCCUCGAGAAUUGUCUCUAUUCAGCGUGCUGUGCUGCCAAUGUCAGUCCUGCUGUUUACUCUAAGGCGUUUGCUCGAGAACAAGCUGCUCUUCAGGGACAUUUGGCUUUCUUCCUCGUAUUGGAAGCAUUUCCCACCCAGAACAUCCAGUGCUCAGUGGCUCCAGUUACUCAAUGUCCCAAUAGAUGUCAUAAAUACAAAGUGACUCUUAGGGAAUCUUCCCUAAUUCUUACCGAAUGAUAGGUCGAUGAUUAAAACGCCCUGGAUAAAUGGACGUGUGCGUGUAUGCGUGUGUUGCAUCUGCUCGUCUCUGAGCCACACAGGCUGGAUGACAAGAGGCUUCACUCUGCAUCGGUCUGUGUGCAUUGGUUCCAUAGUGGAAAGAACGGAGAGAGUGGGACCUCAUCUCAGUCAGCCUCUGUCUGGAGGCGGAGCUACUUGUAAGUGGAGUGCGGAGGGUUUAGCAGUUAGCUUCGUGAGGCAGCAUACGCUAACACGAAGACGGCACAGAAGCGAUGGUUUCUGAGGCGAAUGCCACAGCCGACAGUCACUUUGUGGGAACAUUUCGGUUUUAAACAGAAUGAACAAGGCUGAGUCAGCAGUUCAGGCGAUCCAUCAGGGCAGAAGGGAGCUGUUAGAAGAAGCCUGCCGCUCUUAUACCCGAAAACGUAGAGUCCUCAUCCAGGAGGACCUGAAGCAUGUUAUAGUGGAUGACCAGCACGGCCUGCUGUACUGCUAUGUGCCCAAAGUGGCCUGCACCAACUGGAAGCGGGUACUCAUGGUCCUGACCGGUGCUUCUGGAUCUCAGAGAGACCCGAUGGCGAUACCGGCAAACGAGGCCCACGUCUCGGGAAACCUCCGCACAUUGUCCGAGUACUCCACCUCCCAAAUCAACCAGCGGCUACGCUCCUACUUAAAGUUUGUGUUCGUACGUGAGCCCUUCGAGCGGCUGGUGUCCGCGUACCGCAACAAAUUCACACGAAGCUACAACACAGCUUUCCACAAACGGUACGGCACCAAGAUAGUCCGCCGGCAUCGGCCCAACCCCCAGCCGGAAGCUCUGGAGAACGGCGACGAUGUCUCCUUUGAGGAGUUUGUGUAUUACCUCGUGGACCCGGCCACCCAGUUGGAGGAGCCCUUCAAUGAGCACUGGGAGCGCGUGCACUCGCUGUGCCACCCCUGCUUCAUCCACUACGACGUGGUGGGUAAAUAUGAGACACUGGAGCAGGACUCCAAUUACGUGCUGCGGCUGGCCGGGGUGGAGGACCAGGUCAGCUUCCCUGCCUCGUCCAAAAGCACCAGGACUACAGGAGACAUGGCAGCCCAGUUCUUCCACAACAUCAGCCCCUUCUAUCAGAAGAAGCUGUACAACCUCUUCCGCAUGGACUUCCUGUUGUUUAACUAUUCUGUGCCAGCAUACCUCAAGUUUUGAUGAGGCAGACGUGUUGCACACCUGCAGACUUUAGCUGAAGUCAUUCCUCUACGUGAGGGCCUUUGACAACACUAAAAACAUCAAGGUACGUACAAUGCACUUGUUUCUACCAUCACAUUGAAGAAGGUCGAGGAAAACACACGUCUUUCUCUUUUCUGUGUGUUGGAAAGAUUUAAAAACUGGUCAAAAUAUGCCGCUAAGAAUGCACGUAAUGGGACGCACCUGUUUCGCUUUCUGAAAAAAAACUCCAAAAAGCAGCAACAACACCCCAUUUACAUAUAACGUGACAUUAUUACUCUUAUUAACAUUGUUUCCGCCAAAUAACUACAUUAGUGCUGUAGUGACACCUUGUCACAUCACACCAGCCAGCGACUAGCCGGCUAGCGACUAGCUUCGCCACACACUUGUCUGCAGCGCGCCAACGCCGCCCUCACAAUGCCUCUGGCCACUACCGAAAAGCAACGCUACAUAUUGGAGCCGCCGCUGCUGUGUUUUUGAGUUUGAAAAGGUUAACGCUAGGUGUAGCGUUCCUUUCUAUGCGGCUUUGUGAAAUCAAUGCGCCCAGGAAGGAAGUUCCAAUAAUGCUUAAAAAUGACCAAAAUAGGGCAAAAUACUGUAAGUAUUCCAUGUUAUCAUGAAUGUACCUGACACUACAUGCUCACAGCGUGGAUAUGUGGAUAUGAAACCAUAAAACCUUGUUGGAGGUGUUUUAAUAGCAGGCUUUGUAGGCGGAAUAGGUGUGUCCCAUUACGUGCAUUAAUUAGCUGCCUCUUUUUUGAUAUCUUUGGAAUGCACAGAAAAAGGAAAGAUGUGUGUUCAUGUCCCACAUAAGGAUUGUGGAUGAUGGGGAAAAAAAAUCCCCAAAAAGUGCUGUUUUCCUUGAAGUCGCAGAGAAGUGUUGAACAAAAGGUGAAACUUGGCCAUUUGUAUUUCACUGUCAGCGGUGUAGCAGUGUGUCAUUGUCUGUGAAAGUGUGAAAAGACUUAUCUAUUGAGUUGAAAUCUAUGUCUUUCCUUUUUUUUCCUAUUCAAAAGAUGAAUUUGCACAACAAAUGUGAUCGCUUUUCUGGGGAGAAGUUCCAAUAGCACAAUGAAAGUAUUCAAAUUGCAUCUGGGCAGUGAACGUCUCAUAUGUGCCUUUUGAUUGUCAGCCUUAUUUUAACCCCAGGAGAAAGAAACCUUUGCAUAUGUGCCUGUUUUUUUUAUUUAGAAUGUAGAACAAUAUUGUUUUACUAUGAUUGUUGUCUUAAUUUAUUGUCUUUUUUGGACUGAGGGAUAGUUUUGGUCACAAUUUUCAAAUAAACGUGAUCUAGCAACAUCAUUUAUUGGAGUGAAUAUUGGAUUUCGGAAAUCAAUCAUUGUUUUUUUAUUCAAACUCACUUCUACGUGUUGUUGGAAAAAUCCAGUCAUGCAUGGAUGUAAUAUUUGAAACGCAAACCUAAAAAGUGCAUAUAAUUGGGCUGCAGU